AUGGCAUCCUCGCGAUCGUCUGCGCUGAACAACACCGCGUUCUUCGCCGGUGGCGCGCUGGUCGGCGCCGGCCUGUACACACUUGCGCGCUCGAUGGUGGCGCAGAAGCGUGUCGCGGCCGACGCCGCGCCUACGUCCGACGCCGCCGCGGCCAAGAGCGCAGCGAUCCUCGACACCCCCUACGAGAAGGAGGCCAACGGCUUGUUCGUCUCGCCCGCCACCGAGUCGGACCCCCUCUAUGACGAGUACGGCGUGAUGGGUAUUCCGUACGAGGCGCGCGGCCAGCUGCCUCCAGUCAGCACCCUUGCCACGCACAUGGACCUCGAGGAGGCGCACGCUGCGCUCAGCACGCACGCCAUGGCCGCCGCGUCGUUCGACAAGCCGAUCCUCAUCAACUCGCUGCUUGCGAUCGAGCUGCUGGCCUACCACAACAGCAACGUCGUGUUUAGCUACGAGAGCGGCGCUUCGGGCGGAUUCGGCGCGUACUGCGAGGCGCAGGAGCGCGCCGCUGCCGAGCAGCACAAGCAGCGUGCGGGCGCCAAGGUGUACGCGAUGCAGGCGCGUGCGGGCGCCGGCAGCGCCAUCGCCGGUUUCCUGCUCGGCGAAGGCACCGCCGACGCGCCGGUCAGCGCAGCGCCCAAGCCGGUCACGGUGCUGAUCAACGCGCAGGGCUUCCAGGCGAUGGGCCCGGCGCUGGCGAGCAUCCAGACGGAGAACCGCAAGGACCUCGUCGUGCACGUCUCGAGCGCGAGCCAGACCACGUCCGACGAGCUCGAGGUGACGAAUGACUACGCGGCGACGCUCGCCACCGCCGCGCUCCUUGGCGAGGCCGGUUUCGAGGUCGUGCUUUCCUCGACGCGCGCCGAGGCCGUCGAGUUUACGCGCUACGCAUACACGCGCAAGGCCGACAAGCCGCUCGUCCACAUCUUUGACGGCGCCUUUGCCGGCAGCGAGGUCGGCCGCACGGUCGUGCCGGGCCCCAAGGCUGCCGCGCCGAAGCCGGUGCAGCCCUUUGCGUACACCGGCCCUGCGGCCCCCGAGACGGUGCUCGUGCUGCCGAACGGCUCGCUGGCGCUCCAGGCGCGUGCGCUCCUCGUUUCGCUCCCUGCUGCGCUCCGCAGCAAGGUCGGUGUGGUGAGCGUGCGCGCGCUCUUCCCGUGGAGCACCGAGGCGCUGCGCAAGGUGCUCCCCGAGAGUGCCAAGGUCGUGCGUGUCGUGGAGGAGGCGUACACCACUGUCGGCGGCCCGCUUUACAGCGAGCUGCUUGCCGCCUCGCUCAGCGGCGAGCUCGGCACGUCGCGCAUCCAGUCGCUCGUCCUCGCCCCCGGCCAGGAGCUUGCGCCGGCCGCGUGGCACGAGCUGCUCGUCGCGGCCGCCGAGUCGCAGCGCCCGAUCAACCUGCGCAGCGUUUUGGACAAGGCCGAGAGCGGCCAGGCGAAGCUCGUCGACCUGCUUGCGCUCUCCAGCGCGCAGCUCGUGACGAUCGUCGGCAGCGACAAGGGCACGACGACGUCGGCUGCGCCGCUGCUCGCCGAUGCGCUCUUUGGCCAGAACGCCUCGCUGAACGUGCGCCUCUUGUCGCGCUUUGACAACUUCCACGGCACGGGUUCGGUGCGCUCGGACCUUGUGUUCUCCGAGCGCGCCGACGAGAUCCCCAUGCCGGUGCUGGCGCGCGACGGCGCGUCGCACGCGCUUGUCGUGAACGAGCCGAGCGAGGUGCUGAAGAACUUUGCCGUGCUCGACGCUGUGCGUGAGAACGGGACAGUGCUCUUCAACGCCGCCGGCUGGACGCAGGAGGACGUCGAAGGGGCGCUGUACGCGGCCGACAAGCGCCGCCUGGCGGAGCGCAACGUGUCUGUGUUUGUCGUGGACGCCGCCAAGGCUGCCGAGGGCGGCAAGGGCAAGGGCGUCGCCGAGGCCGCGCCCGGCGCCGUGGUCGCGAGCCUCGUCGAGGCGGUGACUGCCUCGCCGAAGAAUGCGCUGUCGCAGCGCCUGCCCAAGCUCGUCAAGGUCGCGAGCGUGGUCGACGCCGAGGCCGCGGCCGAGGCCAAGAAGGGCACCAAGGCGGUCGACACCUCGUCCUUUGCCUCGGCCACCCCGGCCGAGGGCGAGGAGGAGGCGCUGCAGCACCGCCCUGCGCACCUCACCUACAACGCCUUCUCGGCCAAGGCUGCCGAGGACGACGAGGGCCAGGCGGUGGUGCGUGCAUCGUGGGCGUUUGCCGCGUGGCAGAUGCUCUUCCGCGAGGCGUACCAUCUCGACGACCACGCCUCGCGCCCCGACCUGCCCGAGAAGACAUACAACGUGCAGGUCAGCGUGAACAAGCGCCUGACGCCGCUCGACUACGACCGCAACCUCUUCCACAUGGAGCUCGACACGAAGGGCACCGGCCUCAAGUACGAGGUCGGCGAGGCGCUUGGUGUGCACGGCUGGAACGACGACGAAGAGGUCGCGCGCUUCAUCCGCUGGAGCGGCUACAACCCCGAGGAGAUUGUCUCGGCCCCGAGCGUGAUCCACCCCGGCGAGUUUGAGAGCCGGACGGUGUACCAGGUGCUGCAGCAGAACCUCGACAUCUUUGGCAAGCCGCCCAAGAGCUUCUUUGAGGCGCUCGGCAAGGCGGUGGCGAGCAAGGACGAGGAGCGCUGGCUGCGCUUCAUCAGUUCGGCGGAGGGCGCAAGCACCUUCCGCAAGCUGUCGGAGGACGAGACGGUGACCUACGUCGACGUGCUGCACAUGUUCCCGACCGCGCGCGUGACGAUCGACUGGCUGAUCAAGAACGUGGAGCCGAUCAAGCCGCGCCACUACUCGAUCGCCAGUGCACAGGUCGCCGUCGGCGACAGUGUGCACCUGCUCAUUGUCACGGUCGAUUGGAAGACGCCGCGUGGCUCGCUGCGCUUCGGCCAGUGUACGCGCUACCUGUCGCGCCUCACACCCGGCACCAAGGUCACGGUGAGCAUCAAGCCGUCGGUGAUGAAGCUGCCGCCGCUCGACACGCAGCCGAUCAUCAUGGCCGGUCUCGGUACGGGUGCCGCGCCUUUCCGUGCGUUUUUGCAGGCGCGUGCGCACCAGCGCUCGCUCGGCAAGGAGGUCGGCCCGCUGUACUACUACUUUGGCUCGCGUCACCAGGCGAAAGAGUACCUGUACGGCGAGGAGCUCGAGGCGUACCUCAGCGACGGUCUCUUGACGCACCUCGGUCUCGCCUUCUCGCGUGACCAGCAGAAGAAGGUGUACAUCCAGCACAAGAUCAAGGAGGACGGCCACAUGCUGACCUCGUUCCUUGCGCCGGAGCUCGGCUCGGUAAACGACCAGAGCGAGGAGGCGGCUGAGGCACUCGUCGAUGAGGGAAGGAAGGGUAUCUUUACGCUCUGUGGCCCCGUCUGGCCCGUGCCGGACAUCCAGGAGGCGCUCGUGAGCGCUUUCGUGGAGCGUGGCUGGACCAAGGAGCAGGCCGAGGCCAAGAUCGAGUCGCUGAAGGACGACGAGCGCUAUGUGCUCGAGGUCUACUAA